AUGGUUGGGGCACUGUUUAUCCUCCUCGAGUGUUCCCAUAUGUCGCUAGCGGAACCUGCCCAGGCUGCUGCCCCAGCUGUCGGCGGCGACUCGGACCUCCAUCAGGGCCAGCAAGACAAGGACAGGGACCACAAGGACUCGACACCCACACCGGACCGCAACGCCACCGCCACUACUCUUCCUCUGUCCACCACACCCUCGCCUUCUUCCACCAACGUCUCUGUCUCUGUCGCUGCUGCCACCUCAGCUCUCUCCUCCUCUAUUAUCUCCACGGACUCGACCAGCAUAGCCCGCCAACAGCAACAAGAAAACAACAACAACAACGACAUCAAAGACACAGAGAGAGACAACAACAGCGACAGCGACGUCUCAACUGCCGUAUCUGCGCCUUCCCCGGCUGACUCGAAGAGGACAUCGAUUGACAGCACUCAGUCAACAGCAACGACAACGUCCACGUCAACAGCAGCAACAACAGCAAUAUCAGCAACAUCAAAAACCUCUCCUACCCUCUCUUUUUCAUAUUCUUCACAGCCAGCAGCAUCUGCAUCUACAUCAUCAGCAUCUCCCACAUUAAACUCCUCUCCUACCACAUCAACAACAGCAACAGCAGAAGCAACGAUAGAGCCGCCAACAAAACAAACCAAAGAGUCAGACACACUCCCAGCAUCCGCAACGGCAACAUCGUCAAAGGCUUCGUUGUCUCCUUCGACUCCCAAGGUCACCAUUGACAAAGGUCACCCGAUCCCGACCUCCAACGCGUUGUCGUCGGUGUUGCGAUCUAGACUCUCGACAAGCGCACCGCUAUCGUCACUUUCCUCCGUCACACCAACGACAAUCAUCUCCCCGAAACCCCACCCCUCCUAUGCUACCCCCACCACAUCCGUCACAUCAUCCUCGGGUACCUCGACCGGCUAUUCAAAUGCCUACCCCACACCCGCCUCCAACCACGCCGACGUCCGGAUUCCCAGCCCUACACUUCAAAGUCGACUGCAUACAUCUCCAACCAACUCCCGCCCGUCGUCUAUGGCCAUCGACCAAGACAACAUUGACUACGAUGACGAUUAUGAACUGGAGGAAGGAGAGGAAUAUGAGAUGGCCGAAGAAGGGGACGAAGAGGAGGGAGGCCUGGAGGAAGACGAAACAGAGUCGAUGCGCUUUGAUGCACAAGAUGUCGAAAUGGCAGAUACUUCGUCCUCUCAACUGAACAAAGAUCCCGUUGCAUCAUCAACCGCCUCGUCCAACCCGAGCGAUAGCCGCCAAUCUGUGUUGCCCAAGUCGUCCUCGACCACUGUGCACCGAGAGGGUCGUCCCUCGAUCACGAUCGGGAUCCCUGGUCCCAAGAUGCCCAUCCCUCGACUUGUCUCGCACCACCCCGAUCCCAAGAAAGAGAAAGCGCCUGUUUCAUCAACAAGUUGCUCCAACUGUGGCACAACCACAACCCCCCUCUGGCGACGAGCGGAUGAUGGACAAACCAUCUGUAAUGCCUGUGGUACGUAA